UUCGCUUGAACCCUUUCUUCCUCCUCAUCCCCCAAGCCCCAACCAGCUCCAAUUCCCCCCCCCCCCCCCCCCCCCCAUACAAUAUCUUUUCUCUCUCAUCCUCCAAAGGACCAAGAAGUACCAUUUCUGCUCUCUCCAUUCGUCUCCAAUCCCAACACAGCUUCUCAAUUCAGUUCAGGGAAUUCUCCCUUUUCUUUUGUUUUGCUCUAGUGCUCUUGGCUGUUUACUCCGCUUCUUAUCCUCUUCUCUCCACAGAAGAGGAGUGCAUGUGCAGCAGCUGUAAAGACAGUAUUUUUUUUUCACCUCAUCUUCUCCCAAGGUGUUGUUGGUGCCCCAGGUGGAGGCAACUGCCAAAGUGUUUGGGUUUCUUGAAUGUUAGGCUUUUUUGGGGAGGAGGAAAGGGCUUGAUCGAUUAGGUUGUUCAGCCAUUCUUGCCCCAGUGUUCUUGGAUUCAUGGUCGUGGAAUUAAUCCAAGGGUAGCUGGAGGCUGGAGCUGCUCCAUUUCCCUUCCGAGAAAACGAAGGCGAAGGCGAUCGUUUGAACGGUUACAGCUGUUGCCGUUGAGCCGGUGCAAUGUCGUCUUCCUGCAUGCCGACGGGCCUGCGGCUGGACCUGGACAUGGUGAAGGCGGCGGCGUCGCCGGGCGCGCACUCGUCGCCGCUGCGCCCGGUGCACUCGUCGCCGUCGUCGACGCUGUCGGAGGCGUCCAACGCGUCGUCGUCGGCGACGUCCGUGUCGCUGAAGCGGGCGCGCGCGCCGCGGAAGCGGCCGAACCAGGCGUACAACGAGGCCGCCGCGCUGCUGGCGUCCAUCCACCCCUCCGUCUUCCCCGUCAAGAAGAGCCCCAAGACGGCGCCGCCGCGCCCGCCGUCGUCGCGGCAGCUCUCCGGGCUCGCGGCGGCGCUCGACGCCUCCUCCUCCGACCUCCUCCCGCCGCUCCCCGUCCUCGCCGACUCCGCAUUCCUGCUCCGAGACAUACCCGCGCCGUCGCCGCUGCCGCAGCCGCAGAGCCCGUCCGCCGCCAAGAACUGCUCGUCGCCGGCCCCCGUGAGCAGCGCGUUCCGGGACUUCCGCGACCCGGCGCCGUCGCCGGCGAGCCCCGACACCGUCGACGUCAACGAGCUCGGCGAGAUCGACUUCGACGACGACGGCUUCGACGCCGAGUCCAUCCUCGACGUCGAGGAGGCCGCGGCCGCGGCCGAGGGCCUCGACGGCAUCAUGGGCAGCCUCACCGUCGAGAGCAACAGCACCGCCGCCACCACGUCCGAUGACUCCAUCCUGUCCAGCUCCGGCAUCCACCCCUACCUCAGGAGCCUCAUGGUGGUCGGCCUCGCCGGCAGGUUCGAGCUCGGCCUCGGGUCCCGGCACGGCGCUCGGCCCAACCUCAACCGCGCACUGAAGCGGCGGGACGACGAUGGCGCCUGGUGGAUGUGGCCGGCAGUGCCGGUAAAGGACCUAACGGUUGCACCACCGACACCGCCGGCGUCAAACGCCGCAGUGUCACAGCCACAGCCCGCCGCCGCUCCGGAGAAGAACAAAAGCAAGAAGAAGAAGGUGGUGAAGGUGGAGAAGGUCAUGAUGGGGGCGAAGGGAAAAGAGGAGCUGCUUCCCAGCGCGAAAUGCAAGGAGGAGGAAGCUGAUGGCGACGGCGACGCUGAAAGCGCGCCGGUGAAGGCGCCAAAGACCGGGCUGGGGCUGAAGCUGGACGCCGACGAGGUGCUCAAGGCGUGGUCCGACAGAGGGUCCAUGUUUGCCGAGGGAAGCGCGCCGGAGUCGCCGACAUCGGUCGCCGAAGCGCGGGCCAAGCUCUCAGACAUGGACCUGUUUCCGGAGAACGAAGCCGGCGCCGGCGCCGGCGGCGUCAGGGAGGCCAGCGUGCUGCGGUACAAGGAGAAGAGGCGCACCCGGCUCUUCUCCAAGAAGAUCCGGUACCAGGUGCGCAAGGUGAACGCCGACUGCCGGCCUCGGAUGAAGGGGAGGUUUGUUAGGAGCCCGUCUCUUCUUCGGCAAGCCCUGGAGGAAGAGAGCUAGCUAGACAGACACAGGCAGUGGUCCUCGCUAGCCUUUUCUUUUCUUUUAGUUUUUUUUUUCAAAGCAACUUUUUGUUCCUCUAGUUCCUCGUUAGCUAAGACUAAGAGAUGUGAGUGAGAAAUUUUCCCAGUUUUUUUUUUGUUUCAUCGGAGUUUUGCUCUGGAGAGGAUAGGUGAGGAUGGCUUUAGCGUGGGUUGUCAUGGCAUGGUGGUCACAUAGUUUGUCUCAGGUUUACAAUGUGAGAGGUAAAGGAAGGAAAUAAAGCGGUGUUAGAAGAACAUACCGUCAUACAGCAAGCAGCUCCAGAUGA